CAAUCUCACACAAACCAGGGCAUUUGGUAAUUCUGUCUUCGGGCUGUCUGUCUGCAGAGACACCCUCAUAGCCAAUAGGACUUGCCCUCCAGCCUGUGACUAAUUCUUAAAACUCUCUCUUAAAUUCAAGACUCUCAAGUUAGAGAGAGAGAGAGAGAGAGAGAGAGAGAGAGAGAGAGAUGGCCAAUCUCAGAACUCCAAGAUUCCAGUUCCUAUUGGCUCUGCAGUUCCUCAUGCUAAUACAGUCCCAGGUGCUCUGCUACCAGUACAAAGUAGGAGAUCUAGAUGCUUGGGGAAUACCAACUUCUGCAAAUCCACAAGCCUACACCAAAUGGUCAAAAUACCACCAAUUCAAGCUUGGAGAUUCUCUUUUGUUCUUGUACCCACCAAGCCAAGACUCUGUGAUUCAAGUGACAGCACAAUCCUACAGCAGCUGCAACCUCAAAGAUCCAAUCUUGUCCAUGAACGACGGCAACUCUCUCUUCAAUUUCACCACAUUGGGGGAUUUCUACUUCACCAGCGGCGAACCGGGCCAUUGCCAACAGAACCAGAAGCUGCACAUUUCUUUUCUGUCGGGCAAUGGCUCUGCUUACUCUCCCUCCGCCGGUCCCAGUGCAUUGGAUGCUUCCGCUCCUUCUUAUCCCACCGUCUUCGGCAGCAUCCCGGCUCCGCCUACUUCUGCACCGCAUUCUUCUGCACCGUCGCCAAGGUUUCCGGUUUUCGCAGCAGCGGUUGUUGGAUUUGGGGUGUUUGCAUUACACAGUGGUAAUCUUUGAAGAGCUUCAACAUAGAUGAGUUGAAUUUUCUCCCCACGUUUGGACAGUGAUUCUUUUUUCUUUUUACCAUUAAUAUUGGUUCAAUAGUAUGGAGGUUGUGGUUUCGUAAUUCUUUUUGUUAAUUCAAUAGAAUAAAGCAAAGUACCAGAA